AUGUUUUCAAUGUUCCGGGCAUCGUUGCCACCAAGGACAAACCGCGCAGAGCAGAAUCCCAUCAUCUAUGAAGAUGGGGCGUCCUCCCUCGAGUUCAUGCCCUCUGGGUCCGACUACGUCCUAAGAAACAUGCACCCUCCUUUCAACGCGGACCGUCCUUCCAUCAUGGUGCCCCCCUUGCACUAUCAUAUCCACCAGACAGAGCACUUUCGAAUUCACUCCGGGACUUGCCAUCUUUACCAGAAGGCGACCAAUGUUCCGUGGAAGACCAUAUCAGUUAUGAACUCGGAAGCUCCCAAGAUUGCCUUCGUUCCCAGCGGCAUCUACCACUCUCUCAAAAAUGCAUCAACAACGGAUCCCAUGAUCAUUGAUGUCAAUCUCACACCAGAGGACUACGAGGGGGAGCAGAAGUUCUUUCGAAACUUUUUUGGCUACCUCGACGAUUGCAGGAAGGCUGGGCAGACGCCCAGUCUUUUCCAGCUUAUGGUUUUCCUCCGUGCCGCCGACACGCCGCUCGGCUUACCUGCUCCCACUGAGUGGGUAGGACGUAUUGUUAGCAGGUUCUUCAUGAACGCUAUGGGCUGGUAUGGUAAAUGGAUCCUGGGGUAUAAGGAGUCGUAUCCAGAGUACUAUAUUAGGAAGAAGAGUCUGUAA